AUGAUCUGUCUCUACAAUCACCCAGGACACUCAGGAGUCCAGCUGCUCAAACACAAACUGCAGGAUCCAAACUAUAAACUGCAGAUACUCAAUGUGGAUCAUGGAGGAGAGAAGAGGAUGACAGCAGGACCACGAAAGUGGGCCUGUGAUCUCACACUGGAUCCAAACACAGCAAACACUCGACUCAUGCUGUCUGAUGAGAACAGGAAGAUCACACGUGUGAAAGAUCUUCAGCCGUAUCCUGAUCAUCCGGAGAGAUUUGAUGAUGCUCCUCAGGUUCUGUGUGUAGAGAGGCUGACUGGACGCUGUUACUGGGAGGCUGAAUGGAGCGGAGAUAAGGCUGCUAUAUCAGUGUCAUAUAAAGGAAUCAACAGGAAAGGAGGAUGGAGAGACUGUGAGUUUGGAUUCAAUGACAAAUCCUGGAGUCUGUGGUGCUCUGAUAACAGAUUCACUGUCCGUCACAAUAAUAACUACACUGAUAUACCUGCUGUCCGUUCAUCCUCUAAUAGAGCAGGAGUGUAUCUGGACGUGUCGGCCGGCUCUCUGUCCUUCUACAGCGUCUCUGACACACACACACUCACACACUUACACACACUCACACACUUACACACAUUCAACACCACAUUCACUGAACCUCUCUGUGCUGGGUUUAAGGUUUAUAAUAAUUCCUCAGUGUCUCUGUGUGAUAUUAAACGAUAGAGAGACUCUCUGUAAAUCCUCUUUCUGAUGUUCACAUGCACACAAACUCAUCAAAUCUCACAUAGUUACAUUUGUAUUCAUUUAUUUGUAAUCAGUUUGUCAUUGUCCUCCAGAAGUUAUAAAUCU